AUGGCUCUCCGGAACUUGCUGAUCCGAAAAACCCUAGCAACUCCACCACUAGGAAUUCUAGGGUUUCGCAGCCUAAAGACCUUCUCGCUUCCUGAUCUGCCGUACGACUAUGGAGCCCUUGAGCCGGCUAUUAGCGGAGAAAUCAUGCAGCUGCACCAUCAGAAGCAUCAUCAGACUUACAUAACUAAUUACAAUAAAGCCCUUGAGCAGCUCGAUGAUGCAAUGUCUAAGGGCGAUGCAUCGACCAUCGUCAAGUUGCAGAGUGCCAUCAAGUUCAACGGCGGAGGUCAUGUGAAUCACUCAAUUUUCUGGAAGAAUCUUGCCCCUGUUCGUGAAGGUGGUGGUGAACCUCCCAAGGGUUCUUUAGGUUGGGCUAUUGACAAUAACUUUGGUUCCUUGGAAGCUUUAAUACAGGAGAUGAAUGCAGAAGGUGCUGCUUUACAGGGCUCCGGAUGGGUGUGGCUUGGUGCGGACAAAGAGUUGAAGCACCUGGUAGUUGAAAGCACUGAAAAUCAGGAUCCUCUUGUAACUAAAGGACCAAGUUUGAUCCCUCUGCUUGGUAUUGAUGUCUGGGAGCAUGCAUACUAUUUGCAGUACAAAAAUGUGAGACCGGAUUAUCUGAAGAAUAUAUGGAAAGUCAUGAACUGGAAAUAUGCAAGCGAUGUGUAUGAUAAAGAGUGCCCUGAAUCUUGA